GAAAAAGUACAAAUGUCAGAAGCAUGUGCGUUUUUUUGUUGUUAUUUUUCUUAUUCUAAUAUAUAAACAUGAUUUAGUGAAACAUUUAAAUAAGGAAAUAAGCUAUAAAAAAUUGUUAAAAAUGUCGGAUUCAUCAGAAGACGAGGAUCUUUCUCGUUUUAGAGACGCAGUGGAUACAACAUUUACAAAAUUAAUACACGAAUCUAGGGGUAAAAUAUCGACAGUCCAAAAACAAAAACCUCGUUCCGAAAGGUAUUUAGACGUUGCAACUCACUACAACGAUAUAAAAGUUCCUGUAGAAAUUCAAAAACGUAUCGGAGCUAAAAUAUCGGAUAUUAUACAUAAAAAUAUAGAGUUUGUCGAAGUUAUUGAUAAGUGUUUCAAAAAACGCAAAGUCAAAGGAGGUGUUAAGCUGUUUGGUGAUUCUGUAGACUUUUUAUCAUGUGAAGACGACAAAGAUUUAUUGACAUGUAUACAUAAUAAAAAGUCUAAAGAAAUAAAGAAUGCUAAUGUAAGGCGGAAAAUUGACGACGUUGAGGAGUUAAAUGAAAAAGAUAAAAUAAGUGCCGUAGUCGUAAACGGUGAAACAGUUUUAGAGGGAGAAAAAAGUUGGAGGUCACGCAGGAAACAAAAGAUAUUUGAAUAUAAAUUAAUAGGGAAAAAUCAAAAUAAACUUAUUAUUGAAGAUAAAAACAGUUAGAAAUUAAUACUAAAUAUAUACUUUUCCACUAAAUUCUUAACUUUAAUUUUUAUCGUUUAAGCGAAAAUUAUAGUCCAAGCUAUAUUUCAAUACUGCAAUAAUUAGAAAGCUUUCAGUUACGUUGUAGGUAUAGCCUUACCUCUUAUACAAAAAGCGUUGAGGUUUAAUCGCAAUUCUCCUCCACUGUGUCAGCAAACACUUAACCUCACAAUGUUUGAAAAUUUUAAAAUAAAACAAAAGUUUCAUGUUAACAAAAUAUAUAUUUACAAUAAGUUUCUAAAAAUAAUACAUAUCAUUUAUCACAAUAAACUGCUUUUCAAAUUAUUCACUACGAAAGUGUGUAUUUUUCAAAUAUGUGGUUUUAUAAAUCAGAUUCAGAUACAGUUCAUAAAUGAACAUUUAGUUAAAUUAUAAUAAAUAUAUAAUAACUAAAAAUGUAACAAACUAAAUUUAAAUUAAACAACCUUACUUGUACAUUCAAUGCUUAAACUAAAGGAACGGAAGAGCAUAUAAUUAGGAAAAAAAUUAGAAACUGAAUGUUGCUAAUUCAACAUUUUAAAUCAUUAAAAGAUUACUUAAAUCAUUCUCAUCCAACCAACAAAGAUUAAUAAAAUAUAACAAUAAAUUA